AGACAAUGUGAUAAAGCGCUUGCAGACCUUUUCAAGGAUGACGUUUUUGUGGAUUUCUUCAAUACAUUUCUGAAUUUGCCAGUAUGUACGGAUUUCUUGUUAAUCAACACCAUUGUAGUUUCUGUAUAUCUUGGAUACACACAUUUCUGUAACGUUUAUCUUGGCCUAGGUGUUUGGUCAGACUCCGUUAUGUGUUCUAUCCGAAAACAAGUGGUACCUUUGUCCUGAAAUUCCACACAUCCAGGUAACCAAGACAUAUUAGAAAAGUGAAUGAAGUACUCACACUAAUUUAGGUGUACAAAACAAUCAAAUGAUCAACAAGAUUACCACAUUCAAGCUGAUAAGUCAAAUUGCUACUGACUGGCCUGUCAUUCAUUGCCAUUGUAGGAUGUGAGAAGAGGCGGGUUCCUUGUAUGGCUAAGCGUGCAUCGGUUCGUUUUCUUCAAACAGACAGAGCUGUAUCACUACUACUCCUUGUGUAAAGAGUUCCUGCAGUUUUCAUCAUGCCAAGCUAAAGGUCAAGACUUAAAUACAUCAAACAGCAAUUUCAGUGUUUGAAGUAGAUCGGUUGAAUAGAUUGUUGUGCAAGAGUGUGCUUUGUUUCUGGUUAAGAUAAUGUUAGGCUAAAUCAAUACAUGGAAACAGACUAAAUCAAUACAGGGAUGAUGGAGGUAAAUACUCUUACAUCAGAAAAUAUGUAAUAUUCGUUUCCAUCCCAGAGAAAGACUAUACAGCUGUCAAUAAAGCAUUAGACAAUGGUACAGCCCGUCAUAGUAGGCCAGGCUGUCUUGAGUAUUAGCAAACCAUUUGAAGCAUUGAGAUAAUAUAUAAGCAUAGACCAAAUGUAUUGAUGAGAGCAUGUGUUGUGACCAGUGUGCAGUAUAUGAAAGGGAGGGACAAGGAAUUUUAUCAGAAGUUAAAAUUCCUUAGGGAGGGGUAGGAUGCUAUGUAAUUCUAUUCUAUUCUAGUCUUCUUCACACCUGUCGAUUGUGCUAUUCCCUUCUCAGAGGUGCUGAAGUGGACAUUUGCAGACCAGUGGCUGCUGAAGAGAUGCCUGGGCAGUGUGAGAGGGAUGAGGCGCUUCUGUUCUUUUGUCAAAGGCACUCGUGGUACGUCUUUUUAUUGUCUCUGAGAUGAUUUAGGUUUUUAGAAACUACUUUAAUAUAUUUUAUGGCCUUGAAAAUGUGAAAUUUAAUUUCAUAAUACCCCUGAGAUAGGAAGUUACAGAAAUGUAAGCUAUGUGGUCAGUGGCCCUUGUUUGUUUCAACCACAAAGUGUGAAAUUUGGUUUUGUGCGAGUUGUAGACUGAAUUUUGCAGUAGCAAGUUGACUUUGAAAAGGUAAAAGAGGAGACUUGAGUUCCAGGAUCCAGUCAAAGUAAACCUUUUAAUACAGAGCUUUCAGGGUACAGGUAAAAAUGCAAAGGCUAAUAGCGCCAGAGGCUAAAAAAGCCAAGGCCAAUAGUAUGGUGGAAGAGCUAAAAGGCAAAUGGCCUAAAAAGGCCUCAAGAUGAUAUAGUCAUUCUGAGUUACGUAUACUGAUACAAACUGAUACAACUUUCAAUUCAACAAUGAGAAUAGUGAGACAUUUGCUACUUUGGGUACAGAGAGAGAGAUGUUCAGCCAGUUUAAGGUUGGAUUGUCACGAGUUGAGCCCUCUGAGAAUUCUGUUUCCUGUGUGAUCUGAGGCACAGAGAAAGCUGGAAAACACUUGUAUGUGUGAGUAAUUAAGCAGGUUACUCAUGAUAUGAUUGUAAGCAAAGAUUUGUGAGUAUAUGACAUCUGGGUCAUCGUCGAUCUUGGUCGUCUGGGUUGGUCCCUAAAAUCCCCCCUAUAAUCGAUUAGGCUCUGCCCUCAAUGAAUGUUACUCCUCCGUCCUCAGUGUGUGUGUGUGUGCGUGCGUGCGUGCAUGCGCGCGCGCGUCUUGUGUACCUGAAGGAGAGGAGUUGGUGACGUUCUUUGUGAGAGUGGAGCGUCUCCUGCAGAUACACUGGCAGCAGGAUAGGACUCAGAGGAACCGCUACCAGGCCCUGCUUACUGUCAUCAGAGCUGUCCAUCUCACCGAAGGCUCCAUCAUCAUGACCACCUGUCGCAUCCCCUCUGGUAACACAGGAGGGCCUGCAUCCAAAAUAUCACCUUAUUCCCGUUACUGUAUACCACUUUUGACCAGAGCCCUAUGUGCCCUGGUCAAAAGUAGUUCACUAUAAGGAAUAGGAUGCCAUUUGGGAUGCAUACAGGGGUUAGCCUACUGUUAUUGUAUAAAGCACUUCGUGACAUACUGUUUUUAAAUGGACUGAAGAGAUACAAAUUGAUUGAUGAUUGAUUGACACUGCCCUGCUACAUACACUACCAGUCAAAAGUUUGGACACACCUACUCAUUCAAGGGUUUUUCUUUAUUUUUACAAUUUCUUACAUUGUAGAAUAAUAGUGAAGACAUCAAAAUAUGAAAUAACACAUAUGGAAUCAUGUAGUAACCAAAUAAGUGUUAAACAAAUCAAAAUAUAUGUUAUAUUUGAGAUUCUUCAAAUAGCCACCCUUUGCCUUGAUGACAGCUUUGCACACUCUUGGCAUUCUCUCAACCAGCUUCAUGAGGUAGUCACCUGGAAUACAUUUCAAUUAACAGGUGUGCCUUCUUAAAAGUUAAUUUGUGGAAUUGAUUUCCUUCUUAAUGCGUUUGAGCCAAUCAGUUGUGUUGUGACAAAUAAAUGCUUCACAGAGUUCAAGUCACAGGCACAUCUCAACAUCAACUGUUCAGAGGGGACUGUGUGAAUCAGGCCUUCAUGGUCGAAUUGCUGCAAAGAAACCACUACUAAAGGACACCAAUAAUAAGAAGAGACCUGCUUGGGCCAAGAAACACGAGCAAUGGAUAUUAGACCGGUGGAAAUUUGUCCUUUGUUCUGGUGUCCAAAUUUGAGAUUUUUGGUUCAAACUGCCGUGUCUUUGUGAGAUGCAGUGUGGGUGAACGGAUGAUCUCUGCAUGUGUAGUUCCCACCAUAAAGCAUGGAGGAGGAGGUGUUAUGGUGUGGGGGUGCUUUGCUGGUGACACUGUCAUUGAUUUAUUUUAUUUAUACACUUAACCAGCAUGGCUACCACAGAAUUCUGCAGCGAUUCGCCAUCCCAUCUGGUUUGGGCUUAGUGGGACUAUCAUUCGUUUUUCAACAGGACAAAGACCCAAAACACACCUCCAGACUGUGUAAGGGCUAUUUGACCAAGAAGGAGAGUGAUGCAGUGCUGCAUCAGAUGACCUGGCCUCCACAAUCCCCUGACCUCAACCCAAUUGAAAUGGUUUGGGAUGAGUCGGACGGCAGAAUGAAGGAAAAGCAGCCAACAAGUGCUCAGCAUAUGUGGGAACUCCUACAAGACUGUUGGAAAAGCAUUCCAGGUGAAGCUGGUUGAGAGAAUGCCAAGAGUGUGCAAAGCUGUCAUCAAGGCAAAGGGUGGCUAUUUGAAGAAUCUCAAAUAUAAAAUGUAUUUAGAUUUUUUAAACGCUUUUUUGGUUACUACUUGAUUCCAUAUGUGUUAUUUCAUAGUUUUGAUGUCUUCACUAUUAUUCUACAAUGUAAAACAAUUGUAAAAAAUUAAGAAAAACCCAUGAAUGAGUAGAUGUGUCAAAACUUUUGACUGGUAUGGCGAUAUUAUAGUAGGCUUUUAUAAUGCAUACCAACAAAGUAAACAUGGAUACUAUACAGUACAUAGUUUAAACGUGUUUCAUGGUACGUAAACACCAUUGUCAUGCCAUGUCACCAUGUGUACCACCAUGACACAAUGUUAACCACCAUGUCACCUCUUUUGAUACCAUGGUUCUCCUCAGAGGGUUUGUUGAAGAUCUUCUCAGGGAGUGAACCUGGUGGGAUGGAUCAGAUUCUGGAUCAGAUGAGGUCCAAAGCCUUAUGCUGUCUUCAGUCCUACUGGCUGCCCCAGUACCUCAGCUCCUGUAAGCUCUCCAUCACCAAACUGAAGGAGUGUGCCUCCAUCGCCAAAGAGUACGAGGACGUUGCCUCUAACCUCACCCUGGUAGAGAACCCGGCUCCGCUUGACCCAAUGGGGUGGAGUUUAGGCUCGCCACCUUCAGAGGGCCUUACAGUGACCCGGACCUACUGCUCCAAAGUCAGGAAGAGGCUGCUGUGGAGGGCCCAUCAGAGGCCUAAUACAGGGCAUUGGGUUGGGGCAGCAGGGAAGCCUGAUGGGCCGGCCAUGCAGCAGUGGUUGCCCAUGGCCGGAGACGGAGACCAGGGAGAGUGUACCAAUAUAGUGCACUACAUGAGUAGGCAUGGGGAGGAGAUUGUGGUCGGUGGUGACAAGAAACAUGGGGGUAGUGGCAAGAGGGAGGGCAGAAGCAAGAGAGGAGAAAGUGGGAGCUCAAAGAGAAGUACCAGAACUCUCCUCAGAAAGGUGAGCUCUGCUACUCUUGGGCCCAGAACUGGCCCCCUCCCUGUUAUGCCCAUCCUCCCAUCCAAGAGCCUGUCCAGUCUGGACAGCAGCAGCAGCAGUGACCCCAUCAUCCCCCCUCAUGCCUGUAUGGAGACCCCCAUCUGCCACCUCCCCUCCAUCACCCCCACCACCACCCCUGUCCCCCCUACUCCCUCUCCUCCUUCCAGAACGGUCUGGGGCACACCACACUACGAUGAGCACCUCUCCCUGGCCCUGUCCGCUGAUGCUCUUGCUGGGGGUCCCUAUGAGAAUUUCCUUAGGGUCAGGGGCCAGGGGGUCAUGCUGCACCACCUGGGACUGUGGCAGGAGCUGGAUGGCUUCCUCAACCUCCUGCUCAAGAUGGAGGAGGGCCCUUCCAAGGCUCUGAGACAGGUGCUGGCUAGAAAGUUAAUGGCUGUGUACUUGAGUGAUGCGUGGCAGUGUGUUAGUCGCCCUGAGGGUGAGCGGUGCACCACCUACCUGACCAAAUCCACCGUCUGCCACCUCAUAAACCUCCUCCCCUCUGGCAAUGUGAUGCCCUGGAUCUACACGGCCAAGCAGGAACUAUGCCAGGUGGGUGGUAAACCUUUUUUGACUGCAGUAUGUGGUUGACAGCAAAGUGAUUUGUUAUUUAUACUUCUUCUCACUCCUUGAUUACAAAGCCAUGUAUUCAGUGUCAGUACAAGGUUUUCCCUCUUUCCAUUUGAGCAGAUUCUGGGUCCCACCUACAAUGCAUUUCUGGAUGAAGAAGACAAAGUCCUUCUCUUCUAUCUGGUAACCAACUAAUUUCUAACCUGAUUAUUAGGAUAGUGGAAUUCUCAAACAGCUACUCCAGAGUCCUUCUGUAGUUUUACUCGCCGCUCCAUCGUUCUAUCUCUCAGUUCAGUCAGAAUGAGGUAAAGGGGAAAGUGAGUCAUGGAGCGACAGCGCCCUCCAGUGCUCCCACUGCUCCAGAGCAGCAGGUGAGGAGGAUGAGGGAGGCUCUGGCUCUCUGUCAGGCCAUUGCUGAGCCUCUCACUGAGGAGACCUGGGCCCUGCUGCCCCUAGAGGACAUCAGCAGGGGAGGCUCUGUCCACUUGCACUACAGGAAGACCAGUAAGAACUAAAUUAGUAGCAUUUGGUUGUAAUAGAAGUACUCUACGGACAAGAGUUGUCCUCCUCACACCAUUUGGUGUAAAACAGAGGCAUGUUUUUUUCUCCUCACCUCUCAGAUCUGUAUGACCUUCCGUUUGAAACCCUUGCUGAGAAGUACCCCAAGGUGGCUGUGGAGGCGAUCAGUAAAACUCACAGGCUCUACUAUGACUGGAAGCCAGUACAGGGUAUUACAUUCAAACUUUUCAUAUCAGCUUCAAUGAUUAAUAAGUCAAUGAAACAUAACAAUAAAAUGUGUCCUUCAGAGGAGACAAAGAAGCCAGUGGUGACAUCCAGUACUAAGAAGCCGUUCCACCUGAUGAAGGACAAGGACCACAGCUUUGCCAAAAAACCAUCCAUGAGACCAAGGUUUUUAGGGGAGGUGAUGAGAAGUCCCACCAACCCUGGAAUUCUUCAAGCGUUACCUGAGGGCCUAUGAUGCUCACGGAGCGCUGAACUUCUACCACGAGGUGGAUAAGCUGCGGCACGUCGACAGCCUCCUCCAGAAGACGAAGAUCAACAGCAUCGUGGCCCGCUUCCUCAGACGAGCAGACGCUAGUAACCACACUGAAUAGAUUAUAAUAGAAUAAUUUGUCCUCUAAGAAGGAAAUUAUUUUCCUGACUUAUAGGUUAAUGAAUAAUCACAUUGACUUUGUAUCAUAUAUACAGUGGGGGAAAAAAGUAUUUAGUCAGCCACCAAUUGUGCAAGUUCUCCCACUUAAAAAUAUGAGAAAGGCCUGUAAUUUUCAUCAUAGGUACACGUCAACUAUGACAGACAAAUUGAGAAAGAAAAUCCAGAAAAUCACAUUGCAGGAUUUUUUAAUGAAUUUAUUUGCAAAUUAUGGUGGAAAAUAAGUAUUUGGUCACCUACAAACAAGCAAGAUUUCUGGCUCUCACAGACCUGUAACUUCUUCUUUAAGAGGCUCCUCUGUCCUCCACUCGUUACCUGUGUUAAUGGCACCUGUUUGAACUUGUUAUCAGUAUAAAAGACACCUGUCCACAACCUCAAACAGUCACACUCCAAACUCCACUAUGGCCAAGACCAAAGAGCUGUCAAAGGACACCAGAAACAAAAUUGUAGACCUGCACCAGGCUGGGAAGACUGAAUCUGCAAUAGGUAAGCAGCUUGGUUUGAAGAAAUCAACUGUGGGAGCAAUUAUUAGGAAAUGGAAGACAUACAAGACCACUGAUAAUCUCCCUCGAUCUGGGGCUCCACGCAAGAUCUCACCCGGUGGGGUCAAAAUGAUCACAAGAACGGUGAGCAAAAAUCCCAGAACCACACGGGGGGACCUAGUGAAUGACCUGCAGAGAGCUGGGACCAAAGUAACAAAGCCUACCAUCAGUAACACACUACGCCGCCAGGGACUCAAAUCCUGCAGUGCCAGACGUGUCCCCCUGCUUAAGCCAGUACAUGUCCAGGCCCGUCUGAAGUUUGCUAGAGUGUAUUUGGAUGAUCCAGAAGAGGAUUGGGAGAAUGUCAUAUGGUCAGAUGAAACCAAAAUAGAACUUUUUGGUAAAAACUCAACUCGUCGUGUUUGGAGGACAAAGAAUGCUGAGUUGCAUCCAAAGAACACCAUACCUACUGUGAAGCAUGGGGGUGGAAACAUCAUGCUUUGGGGCUGUUUUUCUGCAAAGGGACCAGGACGACUGAUCCGUGUAAAGGAAAGAAUGAAUGGGGCCAUGUAUCGUGAGAUUUUGAGUGAAAACCUCCUUCCAUCAGCAAGGGCAUUGAAGAUGAAACGUGGCUGGGUCUUUCAGCAUGACAAUGAUCCCAAACACACCGCCCGGGCAACGAAGGAGUGGCUUCGUAAGAAGCAUUUCAAGGUCCUGGAGUGGCCUAGCCAGUCUCCAGAUCUCAACCCCAUAGAAAAUCUUUGGAGGGAGUUGAAAGUCCGUGUUGCCCAGCGACAGCCCCAAAACAUCACUGCUCUAGAGGAGAUCUGCAUGGAGGAAUGGGCCAAAAUACCAGCAACAGUGUGUGAAAACCUUGUGAAGACUUACAGAAAACGUUUGACCUGUGUCAUUGCCAACAAAGUGUAUAGAAUAAAGUGUUGAGAAACUUUUGUUAUUGACCAAAUACUUAUUUUCCACCAUAAUUUGCAAAUAAAUUCAUUAAAAAUCCUACAAUGUGAUUUUCUGGAUUUUUUUCUUCUCAUUUUGUCUGUCAUAGUUGACGUGUACCUAUGAUGAAAAUUACAGGCCUCUCUCAUCUUUUUAAGUGGGAGAACUUGCACAAUUGGUGGCUGACUAAAUACUUUUUUUCCCCACUGUACAGUAGGCAAUGUUAUGUCACUAUGCGCAUCACACUCACGCUCAACACAAGUCAAAGCCACACUCUUGUGCGCUCGAGUUAGCCUAAUUAUGAUAUGUGCAUAGCACUAUAGUUAGCCUACUCUUUUAAAGAAAAGUGUAGCCAGCCUGGUCUCAUAGACUAGAUGUAACAUAGUAAACGUACAUUUGUAACACUCAAAUUAGUAUGAUAUGUUAUGUUACUGAAGGUAAAAACCAAGGUUGUGUGUUCGAAUCUCAUCACAGACAACUUUACAAUUUUAGCUAAUUAGCAACUUUGCAACUACUUUUGAGCCACUUUGCAACAACUUUGCACGUUAGAUAACCCUUGCUUAACCAUUUAACCUAACUUCUAACCUUAACCCUAACCCCAGCUAGCGUUAGCCACCUAGCUAACGUUAGCCACUUAGCUAACGUUACCCACAACAAAUUGGAAUUCGUGACAUAUAUACAAGUUUUGCAAAUUCGUAACAUAUUGUACGAAUUGCAAUUUUAACGUAUCAUACAAAAUGGAUGAUGGACAUCCACAAAUUAAAACAUACCAUACGAAACGUAAUAUAUCAUACUAAUUGGAGUGUCCCGGAUUUAUGUUUACUAUGUUAAGCCUACCCCUAAGUCCAGGUUGGUGUAGCCUACAACUGCUCAAUACUCUUCAUUGCCAAAAAGUCUUCCAGUUAUCUUUGUAGCAGGGCCCAGGUCUCCUCAGUGAAAUUAUUUUCUUUCAGUUUGUGCAUUUAUUUUUGUGUUUGCCACGUGGCUGUUGCAGCUUCUCUGAGCUCCACUCGUGCACAUCCUCUCUGCGUACACCCGCAUUUGAUUCAGAAGCGCGCACCCCCUUUCCCCGACGUCUCUGUUAUUUUGUCAAUUUAUUAUUUGUUUAAUGAUAGCUCUCGUAUUAAACAUGUAUACAGGUUAGAUUGAAAAAGGCCUGUGAAUAUGAUGUGGUGUUAUGAUAGUCUACUUCUACACGUGUGUGUAGUCUUCAGCUUGUAGAUUAGGUUUCAACCAGUUAAUUUGUUAUGUGCACCCCUGCUUGUUGAGGCAAUGGUUUUGCACAGGGAGUGGGCUCAAGGUAUUUCUACCUGGCUUUACCAGUGAUCUGUAUGCUCUGAAGGGGACAGUAUCCAUAUGUGGUUAGGCUGUAUUUUGUCUUGACAUAGCCCGUUUCCUACCGGCCAAAUCCUGAUUUAGGAGUGAGUUCAUUUUGUAGGCCUAAUUGAUUUUGUGAGGGGAAAGCAUAUGACUGUCCACAUUGUUUGUUUUUGUAGGUUAAGUGUGUGUGCAUAUUUUUGGCAACAUUAUUAUGCAGGCCUACCCCUGCUACCACUUCUACCAUUUUGUUAAUAAAACCCACAAUUUUUGCACCUUAUCCUUUGCCUCCUGUCUGCCUACUAGCUGAAGGACUAAAGUCAAACGGCUUUCAUCUUUAGCCGUGAUAGUCGUUUAUAACAGGCUGCUAUUUAGCCAUAGCCUAAGAAACUGAUUUUCGACCAACCCUUACAUGGCGAUACUUUCUUAGUUCUCGGCUUGGAAGUCCCCAGUGUCUUUUAAACUCUGAUGGCUAGAUGGCUAAUGUUUGAAUUUAGAAAAUGCUCUGUUAUAAAUUAAAUACAUUUUUGCUUCAUGAAGUAAUCCAACAAUGUAUACUCCACCAUCUUGUCUAUUUCUGAUCUUCUCUUAUUGAUUGAGACAGGUGGGUGUUGUCCACUCCAAAGUAUUCUUCUUCUUCUUCUUUGGUUUUGAAAUGGUGGUUGGCAAUCACAGGGUGGCAUUACUGCUACCAACUGGACUGGAGUGUAAAUACAUUACACUUUGUAAAAAAAUUUUUUAACACCCUCCACCAUUCCACUACUUUGACCCUAUCUGCUCCUACACCAUGCCAACGGCCUGGGAGGACGGGACACAACCACUCAACACACCCUGUAACUCUUCUGAAGUCAGAUCUCAUACAUCCAAGCACUUCUCUGCACCUGCCACCAAAACAUAUAUUUUCUGUGAUACAGUUGAUAAUCAUUGCUAUGAACGCUAAGAAGCCAACCUUACUGAAGCAUAUAUCACUCAUUGGCCUAUCACUCUGUGCUGGCACAGAUCUACUACUCAAAGGGAUCCUCUCAGGAUCUCUCACCCUUGACCCAUCAUCUUCUACAUUUUAGUCAUAUAGCAGAUGCUCUUAUCCAGAGCGACUUACAGUUAGUGAGUGCAUACAUUAUUUUUUUAUUAUUAUUAUUUAUUUUUUACUGGCCCCCCGAGGGAAUCGAACCUACAACCUUGGCAUUGCAAACACCAUGCUCUACCAACUGAGCCAAAUCCCUGCCGGCCAUUCCCUCCCCUACCCUGGACCAAUUGUGCGCCGCCCCAUGGGUCUCCCGGUCGCGGCCGGCUAUGACAGAGUCUGGAUUCGAACCAGGAUCUCUAGUGGCACAGCUAGCACUGCGAUGCAGUGCCUUAGACCACUGCGCCACUACUUUCUUCACUGCCUCUGGUCACCUCAACCUGCCUCUCUCGCACUGGACACUUCCGAUCUUCAGCAACAUGGGCACCCCUACAGUUGGCACACACAACUUUGUCCACCAAAACUACACAAUCCUCUGUCCCAUGCCCUCCUGCACACUUCCCACAUCUUGGAAUCUCCCUCCUACACACUGCUGCUACAUGACCAUAAACUUGGCACCUGAAACACCACAGUGUGUUCGGCACAAAAGCUCUAACAGGAUAAAUGAUAUAUCCUAACAUGACUUUGUCGGGUAAAAACUCUGAUUCAAAACUCAAAAGGACAGACUUUGUUCCACCCCAAAGUGCUGCACGUCAUGAGCGAGACUCAGAAAUCAAGAGUCGCUUUGAAUGGCACUCACCUGGCUCAAUCAAUGAGAGAGGAUCAGAAAUGGACUAGAUGGCGGUGUAUACACUGUUGGAUUACUUCAUGGAGCAAAAAUGUAUUUAAUUUAAUAACGGAGCAUUUUCAAAAUUCAAUCCUUCACCCUGCAACUAGCCAUGGGAGUUUAAAAGACCAGGGGACUUCUACGUUGAGAAUUAAGAAAGUAGGCCAUAUCGCCUAUAUAUCAAAAAUAAAUAGCAGCCUGUUAUUAACUGCUAUCACAGCUAAUGAAGAAAGCCUUUUUAUCCGAUCAGCUGCCUGCCUACGUUCCCCUUGAGACCCAGUCCCAAGGUCCACCAGAGGGCGCUAUUAUUCCUGCCGUUGUUUGACCUCUAAUAGCACCCUCUGGUGGCCCUUGGGGCUGCUUGAGACCGUAAAUCACGUUUGCCUUUCCACACACUGAACCCAGCAUAUUAUUAACAAACUAUAAUUGAAGUCCCCCUGUCUGUCUGUCUGUCAUUGUAGAGGAUUAUCUUCAGUGCAGUGCCAACCUCAUCUCUCAGAUCCCCAAGAUGAGACAUGUUUCUCCCGACAUACUUUUUGCAGCUCAGGAUCUGGUUAUCAAAUCUCUGGAGGCAACCUGGUACUGAACCUUGAUAAGUGAUUCCAACAUAUUUUUGUUAUUACAGCAGUUUAUUAUAUUAUGAGUUAAUUUAAAAUACCUCUUCUUAUUAAUGCUGCUCACCACAUGUUUAUCUGGGAAUUUUUGCUAUCUUUAGACACUAUCUGCAGUAUGCAGGACAUCUGCCUUUUAAAGUGUGUAGUUGGAUCAUAACAUGUCUAUAAAACAUGCACAUUUUCCAACAGAUGUUUUACUGCAUGGCUUCAAAGCAUUAAGGUUUCAUGGAUACAGAUAUUAUUUUGUGGGACAAAAUGUUUGUGUCCUCUUUUGUACAAAGUAAAAAUGUUGUAUAAUUUAUUAUGUAUGGUGCAGCAUGGUAGCCAAACAGUAGGAUGUUCUAUACAACAAUGUUUUUCUAACAAGACAAUUAUGGAUGAAUCUAAAAAGUAUGGCUAAAGAAUAUGAAUAAAAAACAUUGAUUUGUAUUUAUUGUGGACCUUAUUCUUCUGCAGGUUCAAAAAGUAUCAAGAGACCUUUCCUCCUUGUACCAAUGUUAUUGACACCAGCAAAAGAACCGUCAUCCUCACAAACAAACUGGUGAGUUGUCACCACUUUACUAUGAACCUGUGUCGGCUGAGACUUAUGUUCAAACUUAGAAUCUACUACUGCUCUCAAUUCCUAAUGUGGCACAUAUCGUCUAUAUUUCUUUAAAGUUAACUAUUCUUUUAUCACAAAAUUCGUUCCUCUUUUUCUUCUUAUAGAAACAUGUGUGGAGCGUCUUCUCCAGGUUAAUCAAAAGCAUCUGUAAAUUCCGUAAUGCCAUGAAGGACAUUCUGACCAGAAGCAAGUUUGAGGCCUACCUCAGACACAACUGGCAUGACUUCUCUCUAAGUAAGUUCCUCUGUUUAGCUUUUCCAUUCCACUAUUUUACUUGUGAUGUAGCUGAUGUUAUUAGGGAUAGAGUUAGGGUUAGGCUGUGGGUUUCUUUCAACAGCAUUUUAUCCUCCGUUGCCCAAAUAGUAACAUGGUGAUGGUGUUCUGACACUCGAACGACAAGGAGGGACUUGGUCUCUCUCCCUCCUAACAGUGGCUCAUGGUGGAUACGCUAGUGCAUCAGUGGCCAUGCACAAACUCUACGCAUUUCCUCCUGUAGGGCUUGUCGUUGGUUCUUGUUCCUGAUGGCCCAAGAAGCCAUGGUUCUCGGAUAUCAUUUGCUUGUUGGGCGGAGAUUAGUGGCCACCCACACUGCGCGCUUAUCGUCUCGGGCACAUUGGGGGUUUGGUUGGUCUCAGAGCAUUUAGUAUUAUUCUAUACGUAAAUCCGAGACACUCCAUUUAGUAUGAUAUGUUACGUUUUGUAUGGUAUGUAUUAAUUGGUGGAUGUCCAUCACACAAUUCGUCUUAUAUGUUACGAAUUUGCAAAACGUAUGAUAUGAUACGAAUUCUAUCUAGGUGGCUAACGUUAGCUAGGCUAGGAGUUAGGGUUAUGGGUUAGGGUUAAGGUUAAGGGUUAAGGUUAGGAUUAUGGUUAGGGUUAGGGAAGGGUUAGCUAAAAUGGUUAAGGAUAAGGGAAGGGGAAGGUUUAGCUAACAUGCUAAGUAGUUGCAAAGAAGCUAAAAAGUAGUAAGUCGUUGAAAAGUUGCUAAUUCGCGUUAUACGCUCACCCAUCCACCCCGACCAACCACACUCUUUUCGUUUUGGCCUUAAGUAAUUAUCUGUCUUAUGUAACCAUACCAAACAUAACAUAUACUAAAUGAAGUGUCUCGGAUUUAGGUACAGACUAAUACAAAAUGCUCUGAGACCAGGUUUGGAGAGUUGGCACCUGCAGCCAAGAGUUGGAAUCUAGGGGCCUGGAUGGCUGGAGCUUUACCUCCAAAUCUGAUGGCUGGAGCUUUACCUCCAAAUGUAUUGCUAUUAUUCAGCAUGAGGCAUCCUCCACAGAAGGAUUGUGUCUAUUUAAAUGGUGUGCGUUUGAACUCUGUUCUAUUGUGGGCCUUUUUUGAUCAGGGUCGUUCAAUCUCCACUUUAAAAGUGUAGAUGCUUCCCUGCUCCUGGUUUUAGCUUCGGCUAAUUGCAUUGGGUUUUCCCACGCAUGAUCCGUGACGCUUUCCGUACUCAGUUUACCCCUGGCAAGUCCAGGUGAUGGUGCAUCCUAAUGCAGCCUAUGUGCCCAGUCACAAGUUCUACAGGUCUUAAGCCUUCUAGCUAUCCCCUUUAGCUUUUCCCUUUUCCCUAACGUAUUUUGCCCGCCACCCCAUUUUUAUAUAAAAGGUUAUUUGCGACCCCACCAUGUAAAAAAAGGUGAUGUGAUCAAUGGCCAAUGUUUACAUUUUUAAUUGGGGCUAUGACAGUCUCUUACAGAUCAGCCUGAGUUCUUUUGUAGGAAGAAAACAGAAAACUCUCUGUUUAUUACAACCGCAUCUACUAAUGUAAACCCGGUUCUAUGAACCAAGCGCAAUUAUUGCAAUUUUAUUUCAGAGCUCUUGCUCUACUACCAUUUUCAAAUCAGGUGACCCAACAUGGGUUCCUGAUCCCUAGUUUGGGAAACGCUGUGCUAGUGCAGUGGCGUCAUUGCCCAUAGGGGGCACAGGGGCACAUGCCCCCUCAGAUUUGUCCUGUUAAUUUGUAUUUAUUUAUUUCUGUAAUGCUACUAGCCACAAUUUUAUGAAGUUGGCUUUAGCUAGCCCAGAUACAGUAGGUUCACAAUCUCCCAACCUCAUAACUAGCUACCAAGAAGACAUUUCAGGCUAUCAAUCAAGUUAGAGUAGCUAGCUUGUCGAACUAUCUUAGCUGGCAUGCCUGCUGGCAAGGUUGGCAGACUUUAGAAAAGCAAGCAAUAACUAAAUGGACUGAAUAAGACUCGCAUUCCUUUCAAUCAUUUACCCAGAUUUUAGCAGCGAUGCAGAGAAGCAUAUUUAGUUUCUUUAAAAAAAAGAACCACCAGUCAGGAGGAUACAGACAGCUCAAGAGGUAUGCUUAGAUAUGCAGAAAAAUAUACGUAUUUUUUACAUAGAAUUAAGCAUAAUGAUUAUGUCUCUAGAUUGUAGGAAAAAGCUGUUUUGGGUGUUUGAAAAAUGCAAAAUCCUCCAAUUUACUAGUCCCCCUCUGGACCACCCACCAGCCAUCCUGACGUAUUUUGUGCCCCCUCAGAUUUUUGGGCUGCCUGACGCCACAGCGCUAGUGAGACCAGCUUUAUUUUCUGUCCAGUCCGCGGGAAAGCUUUUUAAGCAACGUCUCUCCCACAGGAUUAUGGAGGCUAUCUCCCUGGCAUAUAGCAGCAAGAAGCAGGUGUUAUCUAGUGGUAUGCGGUGUAGUGGGCGUCAUUUAAGGGAUUGACUGUUAGUGAUAUCUGUGUGGAGGUGAGCUGGGCAUUACCCAGGUUUUAUAGCUUGGAUGCCACUAUUCACUCUGCAGUUCACAGUUAGCUCUCAAGAACCCAAGUGGGGUAUACCCAGUUUACAGCUGUCCCCCCUUGGCUUCUCAGCUGAUGGUACUGGUUCCUUCAGGGAACAGUAGUUAUAUUAAUUCAUAACUUUACGUUUCUCAGGGUACAUACCAUCAAUGGGCAGCCGGCAAAUUGAAUCUGUUGACCUGUGCUCGGAGGCCGUAGACUCGUCCAACUUGAAGAGGCGAGUCAUCAACCGCAAACUGAUAACAGUGGAGUUCCUUGUCAACGAUCUGUCGUUCUACCUGGAGACAGAGAGGUGAUUUUUGAUUAAUCUAUUAUAAUUUCCUAAACUGAAUAUUGAGAGCAUUUGUGAUUUAGUUCCUGGAUGGGGUGUAUUUCAGAUUUGCCUACUAACCUGAAAUGCAUCAUUAACUGACAAAGGAACUAUAUUUGUGUCUACUGUGGUGCUGUGUUAGUUUCAGGAACAUGGCAGACUCGGACACUAUGAUGGCGUCAGCGGGCAUGUAUGGGGAGAAUGACAAUGCCCUGCUCCACCAGAAAGCAGAGAUGAUCAUCAAGCUCUUUCUCAAGUCAGAUAUCUCUCCCAAACUCAGGGUAUGGUUUCUAACUAACUCAUCCACUGACUGUAUCUCACCCCCUAGCCCCUCUGACCUCCCACAGGAACAGUCUUAACAUAUUAGAGCUGAGUGAUAACGUGUGAGAUAUUUAGCUUGCGCUUUACAUUACAAUUCAAGGAGGCUGAUAUUAGAUUCAAAACUAAUGAGAACACAGACUCCAGUUGGAUAUUUUUAUAAUUCCAUCAUUUUAAAUACUUUAUCUAUGUAAUCUAUCUCAUGAUUCUGAUCUACCGGUAUCUGAUAGUGUGUCCUCAUUGUCUCCUUUUACAGGUUAACAUAGCAGAGAGUGCCAGGGAUUCCAUCCAGCAGGCCUUUGCCAUGGGCAAGGUAGACCGAGGGCUCUUCCAUGAAGCCAUCAUGGCUAUCUUCCCUAACCUCAUCUUCUGCUGGAAAAAGUGAGUGCGUGGGCAACACCUCAUCCCAAGUGUGCCCAGCACCUUCUAAAACUCUCCCAACCUUUUGCCCACAGGACUGAUAAAUUAUGACUAAGGCCAAAAGUCUUUCCUUAUCAUGUGAUCUUGUACUAUCCGAUGAUGACUAUGCUUGCCAUGCAGGUUCUGUAGCCAAAAGGUGAAAAAAGGUAUAGUUGGAGAUUAUUCUAAGAAAGAAGACUCCACAGAUCUUCAUGACUACCUCCAUCCCUUAAACUCUGACUUGUACCGGAAGGUACAAACUACCAUGUCCAUGACGGGUGAGUCCUGAGGGAUGUUAUUUCAACACAGUUCUUCAUUUAAAAUGAUGACCCCUUAUAGAGCUAGGCUUAUGUAAAGCAGUGGAAAGUAUGCAGUGGAAAGUAUGCAGUGGUGUGUGGGGUUUUGAGUGGUACAAUCUGUUUUUCAAAGUUCAAUGAGAUGUUCCUCUAUCUCUGUCCACAGACGAUUGCGCCACCCUAAGGUUUACUGUUCAGGAUGGUCUCAAUCUGGUCCUCCCUCAAACCAGACUAGAAUGUAAGAAACUUCCCUUAACAAAAUCUAGCCCAUAAUUGUGCAAUACUGAGGGUUAUUUAUUGCAUUGUGAGAUGAACACAUCGUGCAGUGUCAUCAGGGGCGGCUCUAGCCUUUUGAGGGCCCUGCAAUUCUGCUCAUUUUGCCAUGGGGCAGAGAUACAUUUUUGCCAUGUUCAUUAUAUCUGAGUGAGAGUCACUAACAAAAUCAUUGGGGGCCCCCUGGAGGUCAGGGCCCCUGGGCACGUGCCCUGUGUUCCCUGUCGGUAUUCGGCCAUGGUUACUACAAUUUUAGAUAACUGGCUAGACUAACUUACCAAUCUAAAAAUUGUUAGCUGACAUGGCUAAUUGAGUGACUGUCAGUGACUGACAAAACAAAAGAAAAACUGCUCAUGCACAACCAAAUUUCGAACUUGCACCUUGUAUAUUCUACUAUUCUAACUCUCAACAGUAAGUUGAGACCCCAACUGAAUUCCAAAAAACUGAGUGUCUUUUAAAUGUAUUUAUAAAUGUUUUGGGUUGGGGGCCCCCUAGCGGCCAGGGGCCCUAAGCAACCGCUUAUGCCUGGAGCCGGCCUUGAGUGUCAUAGAGUACACUGACCUGUCUGGGAUGUUUAUUUUGCAGUGUGUGCCAGUGUUCUCAGCCCUGCCAAGAGCCCCAUGGGUAGACGGAGAUCUGUCUCUACGCCUGCCUCCUCUGAGUAAGUUCUAAGUUCCCAACCAACUGCCAUGAGGUAGCGGUGACCCAUGCUGUUUACAGUUCAGUAGUCUCUCUGGGUUUUUAUUGUCUGCAGUACUUACCUGUACUGUAAUAAUUUCUCUUAGAUUUCCACAACUGGAGGUGUCCAACCAACGCAGAAAAUCUAUUGGUCCCAUUCUCAGGUAAGCCUAUUAAUGCACCUCAUAGAGCUUAUUGGUACACAUAUAUUACAGUAUCGAAAGAACAGUUAGUAAUGGGAGAAAUCCAUUUUGUUUUAUGUUGUUGUAGUCCUCAAACGUCUCUGCGUCAUUCUGACCUUACCCACUCAUCCUCGGGAUCCUUGCUCUCAAAAAUCAAGGAGGACUAGUCUAUCUUUUGAUAAUACAAAUAAAAACUAUAUAUUUUCUAUAUUAAAGUUACGUCAAGUUUAUUUCCUUUAAAUAGAUAGUAAGGAUGUCCGUAAGCACAAACAGCCACAGUAGAGAUGUGAAAGGGGAAAGCCUUUUUAAACAUGUCUGAUCAUUCACCAGAAGGGGGAACCACUGACCAAUACAGAACACUGCUAUCAGAUCUAUUAUGGCGAUGACAUAGAUUUUUUGCCAUAUAGAGUUUUAGCAUGUUAUGAAAAAGUAGCAAAAUUGUUUUGGUAGUAAUGCCUCCCAUUCCAUUAGUAAGAAAAUAUAUCAACUUUAGUCAAACCUUUAUGGCAGACUGUGUGUUGAAGUGUCUCAUCCAGGACAAUAAUCGCCCUACGGAGUUAAGUCCUCUUUGUCCCAGGAGGGCCAGAGGUUUGUCUGAGGCUAAGAUCAGUAGGGACAAAGCAUUAAGAGAGGUUCACUUUCCAUGCCGGUCUUUCAUCCAUGACACUCACCCUUCCCUUCCCCCAACCUCCCCAACUACACAGACAAUAUUCUCUCCUUCCUCUCAAAACACCCCUCCCCUCUCUUCUAUCAACUCUCCAUCCCCCUCUCUCUACCUCUACCACCUCAACCCCCGUUGUCCCGUGUCUCUCAUAUAUCAUUGUCUGGCGGUCCUCAGGACCUGUGUAAACCCAGGAUAAGAGUCCACCUUAAAAAUGUACAAGGCUUACAAUGUGCCUGUCUCUUAGCUUUAAAUGUCCCAUGCAUUGUAUCACUAUGCCAAUGACCCAAAGUCUUCCCCUGUGACUCGUCACCACUGGAGUUGUAAAGCUAAAGCUAAAGGGGUAUUUUGGGAUGCUGCUUCCCUAAACACUUUAUUUGGAUCAUCAAUAACCAAAGACUACAUACAUUAAUUAAUAAGGCAUCAUUAAAUACUGUAAAUUGUGCUUAAUUCAAUACUGAGUCCCGUGACUCAGAUCACAAAGUAGAAGAUUUUCAGCAUAACAUUUGUUUUAUAUUGUAGAACAUACUCUGAAUUGAGUUUAAGAUGUGAGUUUUGAAUGAAGACACUGAAAUUGAUUUCCCAUGAUGCCUUGCCCUCCUCUUCUAUGCCAAUAAUGGAGCCGCUGACGGAGAAAGACACUCACUGCUAUUGGCAUCAUGGGUUUUAUUUAAUCCAGCUUGGCUCUUCUUUGGGAUAAUAACUUUUUUGCUUCAUUCCGGGCAUUGCCUGUCAGCUUGACAUAGCAAUAUCUCCCAACUGCACUGUUUCAUAGUCGGUUUCAUUUAUUUCAAAACACCAUUUCACACCCUGCUGGCUUUCGCUAGGUAUUAUACAGCAUUUGGGGAGAGGGCUGUAGAUUGAAUCGUGACAGAGACAAUGUCUUUUCCUGUAAAAAAAUAAGUGAAUAUUGUAAAUGGCAGACUAUAUCAAAUGUUUUUUUCUCCCUGUCAUUUUUUGGGUGUUUACUGUUCUAGCCUCUUAUAUCCAUGCUGGCUGUCAAAACUUGAUAAAAUAUUGCUUGUUCAAAAGGCAUUGCCCCUCAUUUUGCUGCCAUUAUUGUUGGAUUUUAGCAUACACUGUACAUUUUGGUGAUGCAUUUCCAAAGCAGUAGAAACCAAUAAACACAAUGUUUGUUUUUGAAUCUCAAGCUUGUGAUUUUUUAUUUAUUAAUUUUUUACCAUUGAAGCUAAAAUCAGAAGGGCUGAUGUGACGUUUGUCCAUUGGAUUACUUGUUGUUAUUUAUAAUACAGAAAUACACAGUUAACUAGAGAUUUAUUUUAUUAAGAUUUUAAAUUUAGCUUUUUAAUCCUUUCCAGUGUGUCCAUUUCCCCUUUGUGUUGUCCUUCAAUAAAACCCAGCCACUGGCGAAAGUCAAAUGAUAUGCUAACAUAUUCUACAUCUUCCAGUGCGUUAGUGAAUAAUGAGACUAUUGUCCCCUAAGCAUUGCUGUGAUUAGGGAGUUUUGGAGAGGGACUGCUAGAGUUUUGGUGUUGCUUUGGCAAGGGGCACAGCUGUUGUCCUCUUGGGCACACAAAAAUAACAUGAUUGAAGAGCUGACAUACUGUAAUAAAAGUUAUCAAUUCCUUCUCAACUGAAGGUUUUGGAAAUAUAUUAUUGGGAGUGUUUGUGCUGUUUUCACAAAGCACAUCACCAAACCAAACCUCUUACAACCACGCCAACCCUGAAAUAAAUAUUAUCCACCAAAAGCUUUGGCCCUAGUUCCAACAUUAAUAACUUCCCCAUCUUAGCACAGGUAUCGACUGUAGCAUAAUGGAACUACUGCCUUAGCUCGGUUGCAUUGAACAAUUGCCAGGCAAACCCAUUCUGACAACAGACAGGUAUAGGUUUUAGUGUCUGUGAAAUAUUGAUUUAUACUUAAUAUCUUGCCAGUUUAUGUUCUGAUCAUUUCCUGGCACUACCUUCCAGCUCCUUCAGGGGCCCCCUUAUGGAGCGAGCUGCCCAGGGCCGGGUGUGCCAGGCCAGCCGGUGGUCCUGCCUGUGGCUGGGUGGGUCUGCUGGGUCUGGUUCAGUCCCUCCUGCUGCUGCUGCUGACAUAUCUGCUGUGUUUAUUAAGAGGA